UCAAUUUUUCAAUCACAUUUUUCUUUCUCUCUCUGCAUUCUUUGCUAGAAAAUAGCAAAGAUAACAACAAAACAAGUUCAUCAAAAACAAGCAUGGAAACAAAAGGUGGAGAAGUUAGAAGGCUUCACAUAAUCUACUUCCUUAGUCACAUGGGUGGUCAUGCAGAACAUCCUCAUCUCAUUCGUGUUCUUCAUCUUGCUCGAAACGGUGUUUAUCUCAGAGAUAUUAAAAGAUGGCUUGGUGAAGUGAGAGGAAGAGACCUACCUGAAUCCUUUGCUUGGUCCUACAAGAGGAGGUACAAGAGUGGAUAUGUCUGGCAGGAUUUAAUGGAUGACGACCUAAUAACCCCCAUUUCUGAUAAUGAAUACGUCCUCAAAGGAUCACAAAUCCACACUACCCCUUUUGAAACUCAAUCAAUUAAUUCAACAAUCAAUGAAAAGAAAACUGAUACUGAUGAAGCUGUACAAGUUGAAGAGGACAAACAAAAGCAGGAAAGAAAACCAUCUUUAUCAGAAGAAGAAUCUGAAAUUCAGAAAGAAACUGAUUCAAAAAAGAAUGAUCUAAAUCAUGUGUCAUCAGAAAUAAGUCAGGAUUCAUUGGUUUUCAGCUCGGAUAGGUCAUCGGUGACUGACGAUGAUUCUUCUUUUAAAGUUGAAGAAGAGAAGCUUUUAGGGAAUGGAAAAGAAGGUUGCUUGAGUGAGAAGAAUCAUGACAAGCUUGAUAGUUUCUCAUUUCCUUCUUUGUAUCAUAAUUUGAUGAGUAAGAAGGGUAAAAAAGAUGGUCAAAAUAACAAAACUGAUACUACUACGCCUCCUGAUUCAACUUUUUCUACUCCAACAUCAUCAACAUCGGCUCAAUCUCAAUCCUCAUUUACUAAGAUUAGAAGCAAUUCUGUUAGAGUGACUAGUGUGUUCAGAAAUUGGAUUGGUUGUGGAACUGUUGCAACAAAUGAUGCUGCUUUUGUCUCUAUGAACCCUGCUAAGAAAAUUGCCCCGAAGGAGCUUACUAAUAUGCCAGAAAAAAGGGCUGAGAUUUGUAAAGGAGACAAACUAGGAGGAUCAGCUAGGUGUUUUGGGACUCCUUGGAAUUAUCAUGAUCAAAAUGAACAUAAUGGAGCCAGAAAAAGCUGUGAUGGAGAUGAAAUAAUCAAGAGCAGGAAAAAGCUAAGCGAGUUAAUGAGUCAAACUUCUUAUAAACCAUUUGGUGGACCAAUUUGCUCGCAAUGUGGGAAGUCAUUCAAGCCUGAGAAAAUGCACAAACACAUGAAGUCUUGUAAAGGAAUGAAAGGAAUGGGAACUUCAGCUACAACAAUUGCUGAGGAAACACAGCUUCAUAGAUCAACUUCAUCAUCUAAAGAUUACCUUUUGCAAAAUUAAAUGUGGAUGAGUCCUUUGACUUGACACCAGAAGAAACAUAUGGUUUUUAACUUUUGAUGUAGCUUCUCACUUUGUUUCCUGACCUUAUAAAUACAGUCACUUUAUCACAGUUUUUUGCUUUCUUUA